AAGAAAGAGAGAAAAAGAAAAAAUACAGAGAGAGAGAGAGAGAGUGAAUGUUAGAUUAGAAAGAGAAAGGGAGAGUACAACUACAAGAGCUUAGUUGUGCUUGUAUGUGAGUGUGUCUCUGUGUGUGGCCAUUUAAGAGACAGGAAAACCAACCUAAAUAAUUUGGUUUCAGUUCUGUAAAUUCCUUUUCUUCUUCUUCUUCUUCUUCUUCUACAUCUGGUUCAACUUAUUAAUCCUAACUUCCACCAUCUUCUUCUGCUGUUUCAGAAACAAAGAAACAAAUUUAUAAUAUCUUAUGCUGAUUCUAGAAUUUGCACAUUUUCUUACAAUGUCAGCACUCUAGCUCCCCCUUCAAUAUCCAACCCAACACACACUUCUGUCUCACUUUCUCUUCUUCUAUUGCAAGCAAUUUUACACCACCACCAACCAUGUCAACCAAAUCCAAAUCUGCUUUGUCCGAAACUCCUAACAAAGCAUCACCGGCAACUCCUAGAGUGAGUAAACCAGGCAGGGGAGUGGCUAAAUCAGAAUCUGAUUCACCCUCUCCUUUGCAAAAUUCACGGCUUUCAGUUGAUCGGUCCCCGCGAACAGUUACCUCGAAGCCUGCCAUUGAGCGUCGAUCACCCAAAAUUGCUACCCCACCUGAAAAACAACCUACACGGAUUGCAAAGGCAUCAGAACUGCAGGCGCAAUUGAAUACUGUUCAGGAAGAUCUAAAAAAAGCAAAAGAACAGAUAGCUUUGGUUGAGAAAGAGAAGGUGAAAGCCAUUGAUGAAUUAAAAGAAGCCCAAAGAGUUUCUGAAGAAGCAAAUGAGAAGCUCAAGGAGGCUUUGGUAGCUCAGAAGCGAGCUGAGGAGAAUUCAGAGAUUGAAAAGUUCCGGGCUGUUGAAUUGGAGCAGGCAGGAAUUGAGGCAUCCCAGAAGAAGGAAGAGGAAUGGCAGAAAGAGGUUGAAGCUGUGAGGAAUCAACAUGCUUUGGAUGUGGCUGCUCUUCUCUCUACCACUCAGGAGCUCCAAAGAGUGAAGCAGGAACUAGCGAUGACUUGCGAUGCAAAGAACCAGGCAAUGAGCCAUGCUGAUGACGCAACUAAGAUUGCUGAGAUUCAUGUCGAGAAAGUGGAGAUUCUCUCGGCUGAGUUAGCCAGGUUGAAGGCUUUGCUUGAUUCAAAGAUUGAAACUGAGACCAGUGAAAACAACAAGAUGGUGAUGAAGCUUAAGUCUGAGAUAGAAUCCUUGAAGCAAGAACUCGAGAAAGUGAAAAGUCUUGAAGAGAACUUGAUAGAAAAAGAGGCCUCCAUUGAACAGCUUAAUGUUGAGCUAGAAACCGCAAAGAUGGCUGAGUCUUACGCACGUAGUCUGGUGGAGGAGUGGAAAACCAAGGUUGAGGAAUUAGAGAUGAGGGUUGAGAAAGCAAAUCAGUUGGAGAGAUCUGCAUCAGAAUCUUUGAAUUCAGUCAUGAAACAACUAGAGGGAAACAAUGAUUUAUUGCAUGAUGCAGAAUCUGAAAUUGCUGUUCUAAAAGAGAAGGUGGGGUUGUUGGAAAUGACAAUUGGAAGACAGAAAGGGGAUCUUGAGGAAUCAGAACGUCAUCUUGAUAUGGCCAAGGAAGAAAGUUCUGAAAUGGCCAAAAAGGUUGAAUCUCUGAAGUCUGAGCUUGAAACUGUGAAGGAGGAGAAAGCCCAGGCUUUGAACAAUGAGAAGCUUGCAGCUUCUAGUGUUCAGACCUUAUUAGAAGAGAGAAAUGAACUUAUUAAUGAUUUGGAGAAUUCCAGGGGUGAAGAAGAUAAGAGCAAGAAGGCAAUGGAAAGCUUAGCUUCAGCCUUGCAUGAGGUCUCUGCAGAAGCAAGAGAAGCUAAAGAAAAGCUGUUAUCCAUUCAAAUUGAGCAUGAAAAUGAUGAGACCCAGAUACAAGAUCUAAAGUUGGUUUUGAAAGCAACAAAUGAGAAGUAUGAAAACAUGCUUGAUGAUGCAAAACAUGAGAUUGAUGUUCUUAUGAAUACAAUUCAGCAAUCCAAGAAGGAAAUUGAAAACUCCAAGGCUGAGUGGGAGCAAAAAGAACUUCAUUUGGUGAAUUGUGUAAAGGAAUCGGAAGAAGAGAGCUCUUCUCUGGAAAAGGAAAUAAAAAGGCUGGGGAAUUUGCUCAAGCAAACUGAGGAAGAAGCUUAUGCCUCCAAGGAGGAAGAAGCUCAGCUGAAGGAAAGCCUACAGGAAGUUGAAGCUGAGGUAAUUCAUUUGCAGGAAACUCUUGGGAAAACAAAGUCUGAGAGCAUGAAAUUGAAGGAAAGCUUGCUGGACAAAGAAAAUGAGUUACAGAGUAUAAUUCAAGAAAAUGAGGAGCUCCGAACUAGGGAAGCUGUUUCCCUUAGGAAAGUUGAAGAGUUAUCUAAGUUGCUUGAAGAAGCUACAGCCAAAAAGCAAACUGAAGAAAAUGGUGAUCUUACAGACAGUGAGAAGGACUAUGAUAUGCUUCCAAAGGUAGUUGAGUUCUCUGAAGAGAAUGGGCAUGGAAGAGAAGAGAAGCCUAAAUUGGAGCUUCCACUAAAUCAAUGUGAGGAACCCAGAAAAGAAAAUUCACAGGAAGAGCAUAAUUUCUCGUUUGAUGAGGCUGAAAAAAUGGUUUCUGCCAAAAUUGAGAACGUGAAUGGAAAGAUGAAGGAAGAUGAGAGCAAAGAAAAAGAAGAUGAUUCAGUAGAAGUUGAAUUUAAGAUGUGGGAGAGCUGCAAGAUUGAAAAGAAAGAAUUUUCACCAGAGAGAGAAACAGAGCAGGAAAGCUUUGAAGAGGAAGUGGACUCAAAGGUGGAAGGUGGUGAGAGCUUUGAUCAGAUAAAUGGGGUAUCUUCUACAGAAAAUAUUAACGAUAGUGAAAGCCCACCAUCAAAGCAGCCGCAACAGAAAAAGAAGAAGAAGCCUUUGCUUGGAAAGUUUGGAAGCCUACUAAAGAAGAAGAGCACUAGCAACCAUAAGUAGAGAAAUAGACCAGUUUGGCCUAACUUGUGCUCUACUAGCAUGCAGGUAUAUUUGGUAUUAUUUUUCACCUAAAUGUGUUUGCUUCAUUGUUUAUGCUUCCAGAAAGCAGAAUAGGUUAAAGAAAUGAAGAGGCUUGUAUUAUCUUUUUAGUUUUUCCUUCUCUCUCAUUUGUUUUUUAAUGUGAUUCCUCAUGUGGGACAGUAUCUUGUAUGUGAUGGAGAAUUUUUUUUCCCCCUUCAUUUUCAUUGUGUUCAUUGCCCUUCUUAGCUAGAUUUUAUGAAAAGGAGUGAUAAUUUGAUUUUGUAUCUUGAUGUCUUGUUGCCAAGUCUGUAUUCUAAAUGGAUAUGAUAGUUGUUGCAAAGAGCUGCAAAAUUCUAUCUU